CUCAGUGGAAAUGUGUCGGUGACAUUGAAUGGGGAGACCGAGCGCGAGCGAGGCGCGCGCGCGCACACACACAGCCCCGCUCGCGCAGAGAUCCCCGGCCACGUAAGUAACUAUUAAUACCGCCUCGCCGAGAGAUGCGGGCGUGCUGAGCUCGGGGAUUGGCCUCGGGCACCAUCGGCCGUCCCCUUCCAUUUCCAAUACACGUUUCUCUUACCCUCCGGGUGGGGGGAAGAACAAAAAUCAAAGAAGAAGAGAAGCCGUCAAUUUUCUCCAAAACAACCCCGCCAGGCAGUUUGGGUCGAGGGUAAGGGGUGUCGGAGCGGUGGCAAAUUAUUCCAAGGCGCGAUCCAGUGAAAAGAGCGAGAGAGGAGACGGCGUGGGUUGACUGGGCUGGAGGUGCAUCCCUUUCCUGCGCCGGGAGGACCCCCGGAAGCUCGUGUCGGGGACACCGGAGACCAUUGAUCUACCCUCGUCCUUCCUGCGCGCACUUCUCGCUUUCUCCGGAGGCCGAUCCAGAGCGCGAGGGAGCGGCGACGGCAUGAGCCGGUGCUGACCUCCGCCCGGCGGGCCAAGCCCUGGGCUUUGUCGCGUACCUGAGCCCGGCCCGCAACUCCGUGCCCGGCUUUUGCAAUCUUUUGUUGGCAGCGCUGACCGCUCUAAGUUAAAUGCUCCCUUGCUAUUUUUUUUUUCUUUUCUUUUUGUCUGUUUGUUUAAAUUUUGGAGAGCUCUAGCGAUCUUGGAAAAGCCUCAGACGCCAUCUACAGUUAAAACGUAGGUAAUUACCCUCUCCGGACCCUCUCCGGCAACCUCCCCCCCGCCCGCCUUCCACGCCCCCCACCCUUUCCACCAAAAAAGGGGGUGCAGCGCGGAUUCAGUCUGCGGUGCGGCGCGAGCCGGUACCCGGGCUUGUUUCCUUUUUCUUUUUGUUUGGUUUCUAACGCGCCGAGACCAAGCGGCGGCCGUGUGCGCUCCCCGAAGACUGCACAAACUACAGCGAGGCUCCUCCGCCCCGUCUGCUUCGGGAGCCUGCGUGGGGACUGCUCCGGGAGCCCCAGAGCUGCAGCUCCUCACCUUAGCAAUCCGGUUACAAGUCCAGAUCCACGUUGCAAAAGGAGCGAGCGAGAGAGAGAAACUAAAAGUGCGAAGAUUCUGCAAAUCGCUGGCGGCUUUCGGGGUAACAAAAGGACCCGAGUUGCCGCCGACCGAGGACUCCCCUGGGAGUCGGGCUCGGAGCAGACGAGGUGCCCGGCGGCUGCCGUUUGGUGGGUGCUUCUAACUCUUUCUCCACGUAGCCCCCUUCCCGUCCCUCCCCUCUCGAUCCCUUUUAACAUCCGUGGCACGGAGGCGCCUGCAGCCGCACUCGCCCGCGACUCAUCUCUCCAGCGGUUUUUUUUUGUUUGUCGAGUGCGAUCCCCACACUCAUGAACAUACACAGGUCUACCCCCAUCACAAUAGCAAGAUAUGGGAGAUCGCGGAACAAAACCCAGGAUUUCGAGGAGUUGUCGUCUAUAAGGUCUGCCGAACCCAGCCAGAGUUUCAGCCCGAACCUCGGCUCCCCGAGCCCGCCUGAGACUCCGAACUUGUCGCAUUGCGUUUCUUGCAUUGGGAAAUACUUAUUGUUGGAACCCCUGGAGGGAGACCACGUUUUUCGGGCCGUGCAUCUGCACAGUGGAGAGGAGCUGGUGUGCAAGGUGUUUGAUAUCAGCUGCUACCAGGAGUCCCUGGCCCCCUGCUUUUGCCUGUCUGCCCACAGCAACAUCAACCAAAUCACCGAAAUUAUCCUGGGGGAGACCAAAGCCUAUGUGUUCUUUGAGCGGAGCUAUGGGGACAUGCAUUCCUUUGUCCGUACCUGCAAGAAGCUGAGGGAGGAGGAGGCGGCCAGGCUCUUCUACCAGAUUGCCUCGGCCGUGGCCCACUGCCACGACGGGGGGCUGGUGCUCCGGGACCUCAAGCUGCGGAAAUUCAUCUUUAAGGACGAAGAAAGGUUCCGUGCAUGGCAUCACCGGUGUGAUGGAAUGGGAUUAACUGAGUUGAUGGGGCCUGAGAACUGCGGGAACUUUGCAGUGGUGGAAUUCUGGCCAAGAGAAUGGAGGAGGGUGUUGGUUUUAGGCACUGAAAGGACUCGGGUCAAGCUGGAAAGCCUGGAAGACGCCUAUAUUCUGCGGGGAGAUGACGACUCACUCUCCGACAAGCACGGCUGCCCAGCGUAUGUCAGCCCGGAGAUCUUGAACACCAAUGGCAGCUACUCGGGCAAAGCAGCUGACGUGUGGAGCCUGGGAGUGAUGCUCUACACCAUGCUGGUUGGGCGGUACCCUUUCCAUGACAUUGAGCCCAGUUCGCUCUUCAGCAAGAUCCGGCGUGGCCAGUUCAACAUUCCAGAGACUCUGUCGCCCAAGGCCAAGUGCCUCAUCCGGAGCAUCCUGCGGCGGGAGCCCUCGGAGCGGCUGACCUCCCAGGAGAUUCUGGACCAUCCUUGGUUUUCUACAGAUUUUAGCGUCUCGAAUUCAGGAUAUGGUGCUAAGGAAGUGUCUGAUCAGCUGGUGCCGGAUGUCAACAUGGAGGAGACCUUGGACCCUUUCUUUAACUGAGCUCAUGCCCCACGGGGACUUAGCAGGUACCAGAAGCGAGAGAGAGGGCAGCGGAGAGGAGUUCUUCCAGGGAACACGUAUCGCCUGGCUUGGUAGCAGGAGGGACACGGACACUCAGGCUUCUUGGUUCAAAGAAGGAAAACCGUCAAGGAGCUGACUGAACAUGUAGCAUGGGGGCCAGAGAUGCGGGAUGGAGGCGGGCUCCAGGGUCCUGUCGGGCGGGCAGGAGCCCCCUGGAGCUUCUCUCGCCCGACGGAACCCCCCCGGGAGACCACCCCUGUCAGCUGGGCUGCUUCCGCCUAUCCCCCUUUCCAUUUUGUUCCAAAUAGUUGCAAAUCUUGAUAGAAUCAAAACUCUGCCUCAAACACACAUCUUGGCAUCGCACUGUUAGCAUUUAACUUCUUGUCAUGAUUCAGGGAAGGUACCAUUGGCCAAGGGUUUUUUGUUUUUUAUUUUCUUUUUAAACAAGCCAGCCACCUAUCUGAUAAUUCACGGGGUUCAUUAAAUAAAAAUUCGGUGCACACAGACUGAUGUGAAACCUGGGUGCUAAAACUAAAAGAAAAUAAAAGUCCAGUUUGUGUCUCCUAAUUGCGCUCUUCAACUCAUUUCUUCUAAAUAAACUAUUGAAUAUCCUGGUCAGGAAAUGACACGUUUAGUGCUUUGCUCCCUGAAGUGGGCGGGGGGGGUGGGGAUCAAACCUGUCCUUUAACCCAGUAUUCUGUUUUCUGUCAAUUGGUUUGUGGCAGGAAGCUCUUAGAAGUCAAACUUCCAGAUGCAUCAUUGCUAUCAUAGUUUAAAGAAAGAAAAAUGAAAGGAAAAGAAAAAUUCAACUCUUUAAUUUUAUUAUUAUUAUUAUUUUUUUUUUCUGGUGAAUGACGAGGGCUGCAUCACAGGCAUGCCUAUUUGCUGAGAUGUUAGUGAUGGAGUGAGAUUCCAGAUGCUGUUGGAGUCUGAAGCUCUUGUAACACUCUGAUCUCAACUAAACAUUUUGUCUUUGCUUUAUUGACAACUCAUGAAAUGAAGCAGGUUGUCCCACAUGUAUGAAAUACAGGGCAGCUAUUGCAUUUUCUUUAUGGAAUAUGAUCCUUGUAGCUUGGGAGGCCCUCUGGUUUGGACAAAAACCCUCAGUUGAGACAAGCAGGAAGGAAAAUAAGCUGAAAGCUAGGAUGAUAUUAAAAAAAAAAACAAAAAACAAAAAAUACAGCUCUCUAUCCCCAUAUGCACCUUUGUAUUUUUCAAGAACUCUUCUAUUUAUUAAGGAAAAUGUCACAUUGUGAUGUAUUAAGCCAGUACUUCAAUUACGGGUUAACUUGGGUAACAUGUUACAUGCUGUAGUUAACAUUUAUAUAUAUAUAUUUUUCUUUGUUUGAGUAUUUCUGUCCCUGAAAUAACCUUUUAUUUGGCUUUUCUAGAUAGCUUUACUUGAUUUCGAGUGGCAAAUGUUUUUCUUUUCUUUUCUUUUCUUUUUUUUUUCUGUUACGGCGCUUCUAUAUUGCUGUAUGAUACAAAACUCUUUUGGCAUCAAUAUUUGUGUUUCCAGUACCUCAGUUGUUCGGAUUUUACUGCCUGUAUAUGUUUUGUGAAAUGGUCAUGUUUUUGGGUAGGUGACACGUGGACUCUAGUAUGUAAAUGUUACUUGAAUCUGUGCUUCAUUAUAGUAUGUGGCAUGUAUGUGCAGACCUUGGAUGCUCUAUUCCUACUUAGCAGGAACCCGGCCUCAUUCCCAGGAGGGCGGCUUAACCAUUCAUCGUCAGGAGACAAGGAGGCCAUGGAUUUGCUCUGGAUUCUAUUUUGAUAAUAGGAGAUAAAAAAGGAGAGAGGGUUUUUUACAUUCUGAAGAUGGGGCUGAGUCAAGAAGGACCUGUUUUUCUUCCCUCUCCCUUAUUUUUUAAGUACCUUGUUGGAGGAAAGAUUGGUGACAUGCAUGGUGGGAAUCUAUGGCCUCUGGUGCUUUGUCCUGUAUUCGGUUUAAUGUUUUUGUCCUAAUCUCUUCAAUCAAUAAAAUUGUGCGUAUUUAACUAAA